UGGCCGGGCUGGGCCCCCCUCGCCCAGCAUGGCUAUAAAUGGGGCGCGGGGAUGCGGGUGCUCGAAUGCUUGAGCUCAGCAUGCCCGGGUCCCAGCUCCUUCUGCUCGCCCUGCUCUGUGGAGGCUCAGCCCUGGCCGGGAGGCUGCUGGCCCAGCAGGGCUGUGCCGAGGGCCCGACGUUCUGGUGCCGGAGCCUGGCGACGGCCGUGCAGUGCGGUGCAGUGCAGAGCUGUGCCCAGGCCGGGUGGAACCAGGCUGCUAAGGAGGACAUGUGCGCGGACUGCGGGCAAAUCAUCACCAUCCUGACUCGCAUGGCCAAGGAUUCAGCCUUCAAGGACAGCAUCCAGAAGUACCUGACCCAUGAGUGCACCCUGCUGCCCCUGAGCACCCUGGUGCCACACUGCCAGAAGAUGGUGGACACAUACUUCACCCUCUUCAUCGCCUGCCUGGAGGGGCAGAUUAAACCCACCUCCAUCUGCAGCAAGCUGGGCCUGUGUCCCACGGACCCAUCGCAGGACAAGAGCCCGGACAAGUGUGUUCUCCAGCUGCUGCAAGGUCUCCACCUGGACCUUCCAGAUGGUCAGACCCAGGGAGGCCAAAGCAAGGACCUGCCAUUCCCACUUCCGCUGUGCUGGAUGUGCCGCUCCUUCGUCGGCCGGAUAGAGUCCACCAUCCCCAAGGGGGCCAUCGCCAAGUCCAUGUCGCAGCUCUGCCAUCUCUUGCCGGGCACCAUCGGCGGCACGUGCCAGGGCCUGAUGGAGAAAUACACCACCACUAUGCUGGACCUGAUCCUGGACAAACUGGGCCCACGGCUGAUCUGUGGGAUGCUCCUCAUGUGUGCCACGGGGGAGAACUGGGGCCCGGAGCCACCCCUGGUACCGCUCCUGGCCCAGAGCACCGAGUGCCAGGCCUGCGUCACCAUCACGGGCCUGGCGAAGUUGACCGUGCAGGUGAACAGCACCGUGGCGGACGUGGAGGCAGCUCUGCUUGGGGCCUGCAGCGGUGCCCACCUGGGCUGGCAGGAGUGCAAGAGCUUCAUCGAGCAGCACCAGCCCCGGCUUGUGACCUUGCUGCCAAAGGCCUGGGACCCCCAGAGCACAUGCCAGGAACUGGGCGCAUGUGAGGCUGGGACGGGCCCUGCUCCCAGAGCCGAGGGCUGCAUGCAGGGACCAGCCUACUGGUGCUCCAGCCUGGAGGCUGCUGAGCAGUGCCAGGCUGUGCAGCACUGCCAGGGCCAUGGCUGGGCAUAGCCAGAGACAUGCCAGGCUGCUGAGCCGACUCUCCCCUGCCUGCACCCCCAGCCCAGCCCAGCCGAUCCCCCUCCUCCACCCAAGAGUAACGCCUGCAGCUCCAGGGCUGUUGGGUUAGUCCUUGAGCAGGCUCACAACGGCUUAGAGAGAUCUCCAAGUGGCCUCCUUGCUGGGGAGACACCUGCCUUCGUAACUAGCCAGCUGGGGCCAGGGCGAGCAGCUGGGCUGAGCUGCGUCGUUGAGAUUCCCACGCAGAGCCGGAGCCGACAUCCGACCUCCAAGGCCCCUGGCCGUGCUGCAGCUAGAAUUGCCAGGCCAGGCCCGCGGGGCAGCUCCCUCACAUGCCUGCAAAGGGAGUCUAAGGCAGCAUUUGGCACAUGCUGUCUCUCCCAGGCAGCCGUGGCCUGAAUCCCGGCCGAGACACAGCUCCGUGCUGGGACCUCGUUUGCAAGCAACUUAGGCAGUCGCUGUGCAGGAUACUGGCUCCCCAGAGAGCACUCUGGGCCCUGGUCCUGGGAGACCUGCAGCGGGCGCUAAGGCUGGACUGCACCGUAGACAGGGGUGGGAGAGGAGAAGUGGCCAAGCUCUGUAUCUUGCCAAACUUCUGUCCGUCCCGGGCCGCUGCCGAGUGCUCCUCAGAAAGGGGGAAGCUGCCCCACAGCCUGUCCACUUAAACUCUCCCGGCCAGCAACACCCCCCCGCCCCACGAGGGAUGUGGCUGCUGCAGGGAGGAGACACACACACCCCCACCCCGGGGCUGGGCAGAUCCCAUCCUGCACUGGGAGCAUGACACAGUAUUUCAGGCACCCGCAGGAAGCAUAUUCUCACCGCUUUGCUCCUGCACCCCUGGGCCAGCAAGGGGCCCGGGUGCGAUGCAGCUGCCUCCUCCUCCCCUCCCCUCGCAAAGGGAGCAGCCUCCGAGGGACGUGGCCCCUGCAAAACUUUGGCUCCAAGAUUUUGAGGCAUUACAUCCAUUGGCUGAGGCCGGGGGGGGGGGGGAGGGGGGAGUUAAAACACAACACACUCUAGUCCCUGCCCCAGUGCCUCUGAGAGACUGCUGGCCCAGGGGCUUUGGGGCAGAAGGGAGCUGUGGGGCUGAUAGGACUGCCUGCUCUACAAGGGAAGAGUCUCACGCAAGCUGAGCCCCAGCAAGAACCACACGUUGGCUUGGCUCGGCUCCAACAUCAGAAGACGCAUACUUCCCCCCCCCCCCACCCCGAGCUUCUCCGCAGAGAUAAACCCACAGCAGCCUCUGCACACCAACGGCACAUCUGAAACGCCCCCAAGGUUCAGCUGCUUCAAAACCUUCCCCCCCAAGGGUCAGCCCCUCUGUUCCCCCUGGCUUGGUGAAGGCUCUGGCUUGCUGUAUGGAGAAAUGUGCCUGACAAAUAAAGCUUUGGAUUUACA